AUGUUGGUGCCACUCCAUGUAGCACUACUGAUACGGUUAUCCCAUGGUUUCUUUUUUGGUACAGGCGGCGGUAGUGGAUGUCAGUGUGUCAAGGCAUGUCCGGCACCCGUCACUUGUGCUCCACUACCCACUUGUGCAAUUCCUCUGCCCUGUCCUACCCAGAUCAGCUAUGCAGCUCCAGCUCCUGCUUAUCAAAGCGAUUAUCAGGUUUCAUGGAGAAAUGGCGUACCGGCACAAUACGAAUUGCCAGCAUCGGCUCCGAUUUCCACUUCCUAUCAGGUUAGUACAAAGACUCCCUGCAGUCCUGGGGAUCAAUAUCGGAUGUGCUGA